GCUGAAGCGCUGCUAAUGAUCUAGUAUUCACUAUUGUAAUUCGAUAUUGAAAAGAGCCGCAAACCGGUUCUCGUCGAUAACUAAGCAUCGGGCUUCAUCUCCCUCGCCCCCUUUUUUUGCUCCGCCCGUUAUGUCCUAUAUCGUUGACUUGGGUGGCGAUCACAUGAGUGGCAUAUCUUAGUAACGAGUAAUGAUAUUGGUACACGAUGAUUAUGACAGAUACUCGAGGUAGGACUCUCCUGCCAUAAAAAGCCAAUGUCUGACCUCACGCGAGUCGCGAGGUUGUUUCUGACCACAGCCCCACUUCACGGAAUGUGCAAUGGCUGAAGCCAUUCGUUUCAUAGGUCAUGAUUAAUAGGGGCUAAGCAUUCCAGUUUUAUCACUGUCGAUAGUCGUGCUUAUAUGUGGCCGGUGAAGGGUGAUACAAUAUCAAUGACCACUGGAAGAUUCAUCCAUGUAGCGCUUGGACCCGAGACCCAGCCUCCAUAUAUAAGGCAGCCAUUUGCCGAAUCGUUCUACUAGGUAAAGUACGUAUAUGGUACGUGCCAUUACCUCGUCAACUGUAUCGCUUCACCCCAUCGCCGUCAGAGGCAGUUCAGCGUCUCAUGUUUGGGAUAUCGCCGUCUGUGCUGCAUAAAAGGUGAUAGUCACUUCACGCCUGGGAGGCGACGACUUGCCGCAGGGUUCCGCCGACCUCCUAAUCAUGCUAAGCGAUGUGCUUGUCCCGACGUCUUGUCUGCAAGAGACAUGGUUGUCUCCCCUCGAUGCCACUCCCCGUGCCCUUCUCGGCAACCCUAAGGACCCAAAAUGCUGGGCCGGAGCUCCCGGAGAACCCAUCGCCACUAUCUCGCCUGCCAUCUGCCCGUCGGGGUACACAUCGGUACUAAACCAGGUGCAACGGAAAGAUGCGAGCGAAACGGUAUGGGAGUGUUGCCCAAGCGGCUAUUUCCAUGAUACCGGCUAUUAUUCGUGCCGUAGCCUUUUCGAUUCCCGUAGUCUUUUCGAUGAUGGACAAACGGCGCUACCAACGGUAUUUGUUACAAUGGCGAACGAUGACGGAUCGACCACCGUUACCCCAAUCCCGGUUGGCGGUGUAAACGCACAUUCUAUCAGAGUAGCAUUUCACUCCUCCGAUCUCCUCACGGGCCAAUCGGACGCAUCGACCGAGCCUCCUCCUUCAACCACCACCGCAUCAACCUCAUCGCCUCUGCGUUCCCCCACGUCCGGUACAACCCAGGCCCCCAACCCGCAAAGCGUAUCUCCGGGCGGAUUGGCAGGGAUAGGAGUUGGCAGCGCCCUCGGCGCCGUAUUCAUUCUCUUGGGCGUCUUUUGGCUUAUGCGAAGACGGCGACAGAAGAAAUUGCGGCAGCAGAACUCACCGCCGCCGCCGCCCCAGGUAAUACCUACUACUAGCGAUACGAUGGUGCUUCCGUCGGACCCCGUGGGCAAGUAUCCCGAGCCCUUGUCGACGUCCAGAGUGCCGGAGCUGAGCGCAACGCCGCCUAUACACGAGCUGCAUAUCGAGUAGGCGAGAUUGAAGAUAAUAAUUACCGAGAAUGGCGAACAAAUUGCACAAGUGAGCAAGAUGCAGAUGGGGAGUGGAGGCCCCCGUGCCAUCAGCCAUCCAUCCCUUAGCGGAUCAAGAUCAAAUCAGCGUCGCCCCCUGCAGAAAAACCAGAGGGAUGCGGUUAAGCUUUUGUAUGCCACAGACCAAACUAUUUUUUCCAUUCUUGUUGGAAAUAUUGUGUAUAACAAGGGAGAGCGUUGAACCAAAGCCCCGUGCACGUAGCAGUACCGCCGACGUCGUCCCAGCUCGCCAGCUGCGCGACCGUCAUCUUGUAUUUAGCGAAAAAGGGCCGCGAAAGGGGCGACCGCAUUAUUGGUGCUGCUAGGUACGCUCCCUGGGGGUUGCAGCUGCAUUUUAUCCGUUUGACAUGGAUAGUACGACCGUAUUAACUAUUUCCGACCGUGAUCUUCUGUUUUGCUCCCACACCUCACGCCACACUUAUCGCCUUCUAUUAUUAGUAAAUAUUUGCAUUUUAUCACU